AACAGAUGAACCAGUCUAUAUACCAGAUAUUCUCAUUAAACUCGGGUCACAUAAUUCUUGUGUAUGAGAAUGGUUCUAUUGAACUUCUUACCAGUUCAGAAUCUUUUAAAGGACAGCUUUCUGCCAAUGAUAAGUUGAAAUGGUGCUGGGCUGGUUCAAAUGACCAGGAACUAUUUCUUUUUCUUGUAACAGAAAACCAAUCACAGUGGACCAUAUGGACUUACCAAUAUUCUUUGGAAAAUAGCACGUGGCAUUCCAACUCAGUAAUGCUUCCAGACACAGAGGGCAGUUUACUCACCUGUUGCUGUAGUGUUAACACACAAAAUAGAGUGACUUUUUACACUUUCUGGUCAACAAAAUAUGUAUUUAGAACUGACUUGACACUUCAGUCUCUGCUAUACACCAAGAAACUUUAUUUCCUUAGUUCUGUGUCUGAUAAGUCCACAUCCAUGUUAACAUUGGAUGCAAACCAUUUUGCAAUUGUUCCUGUGAAAACAGACAAUCAAGAGGGUGUUGGUAUUUUUGAUGCUCACUUUGGAACAAUGACAGCAUGGCAGCCAAUACCUCACUCAAUCUUUUCCCAACCAAAGCUUUUUUCAAGUAAUGGCCAUCUAUUCACUGCAUGUGAUAAAGAUUUACUUGCAUACUCAUAUCACUUGGAAUCUUCCACUCUAUCCAACCUAAUGUGCAAUACAUAUCAACUGGCACACGAUCAAAACCUUUUGCGAGUUGUACCAAUGCAUACCAAGUGGGAUGUUCAUUCAACAUAUUCAGAUGAAAAAGUCAGUGAUGAAGAAGCAAUCCAAAACUUGUUUACAAAAUUGUUUGACUUUCAACAAAAAUCCUGUCAGUCUAGUUUCCAGUCUCACCUGGACAAACUAUUUCAAAUAUUGUCACAAGAACAGAACCAGCAUUGGUGGGCCAGUGUUCACAUGAUCAAAUUAAUUGUGACCAGUUGUAAUAAAGAUGACCUCUUGUCUAUAAAACAGUUCACCACACUCAUAGAGUCAGGUUCUUUACCUCUACAGUGUUUGCCAGAUUUGAUUAAUUCUCUCAUUAAGAAAAAGGAACCAAGUCUUGUGGAUUUAGCUGUGAAAAAACUUUCAGAUAUCCCGGAAAUUUGUUUAGCAAAUAUCAUAAAAUUUUAUCUUAGCAUUGAUGAACUUAGUAAUGGGGAACAGCAACUAGAAAAUAACCACGAAGAAAUGGAAGUUGAUAAACCAGAAGAUUCUGCAACCUUUGAAAGAUGUCCUUUGAAUCAGCAGACAGCAGCAUAUUUAUGUCAACUUUUAUCCUAUCCAUUUAGUGAUGUAUAUUUAAGUCAUGCUAUGAAAACACUUCCUUUUAAAUAUGCUGUGAUAUUGCUGAAGUUUCUAAAUUACCAGCUACUAGAAGCGUCCAUAUUACCCAAAUCUGAUGUGUCUACUCCGGCUGUAACAAAAAUUGUUGAUUGGAUAUCAGCGACUGUUGAUGCUCAUGUCUUACAAAUGGUCAUCUCACCAGACACAAAACAGCUACUCUCUAUUUUAUAUAACACCAUUGAAAAAAGGGUGGAAUUUGUUGAUCAGCUUGCCAGCAUUGAAGCCUAUUUAACUCAAAUGAAUCGUAAAAAUAUACUUCUCAAUAAGAAACAAGAUAUUGGCCAGUAUUGCAUUAGAACACUGCAUAUUCCAUAGCACUUUAUAAAUAAAGCUUUUAAUAUUUUAUAAAA